AAGAUGACCAUAUUAACUAGAUGACCAUAGUAACUAUUUAAAUUACCAUAGUAACUAAUUAGAUGCCCAUAUUAACUAAUAAGAUGACCAUAGUAACUAAUUAAAUUACCAUAGUAACUAAUUAGAUGCCCAUAGUAACUAUUUAGAUGACUAUAGUAACUAGAUGAUCAUAGUAACUAAUUAAAUUACCAUAGUAACUAAUUCGAUGCCCAUAGUAACUAUUUAGAUGACCAUAGUAACUAGAUGACCAUAGUAACUAUUUAAAUUACCAUAGUAACUAAUUAGAUGCCCAUAUUAACUAAUAAGAUGACCAUAGUAACUAAUUAAAUUACCAUAGUAACUAAUUAGAUGCCCAUAGUAACUAUUUAGAUGACUAUAGUAACUAGAUGAUCAUAGUAACUAAUUAAAUUACCAUAGCAAUUAAUUCGAUGCCCAUAGUAACUAUUUAGAUGACCAUAGUAACUAGAUGACCAUAGUAACUAAUUAGAUUACCAUAGUAACUAAUUAGAUGCCCAUAGUAACUAAUUUGAUGACCAUGGUAACUUAUUAGAUUACCAUAGUAACUAAUUAGAUGACCAUAGUAACUAGUAUAUCAUGCAGAUUCCAACCAUUGAAAGACUUAGUAUAGUUGAAGACUUACGGUCAUUAGAAAACAUCACUGCACAUCAUAAUGGCAGCUACACAUAAUCCUUAAGAUCUAAAAAAAUUAUUGGGGAAUGUCCGGCGGGCCAGAUUGAAAAGCUUAACGGGCCGCAUGUGGCCCCCGGGCCUUCAUUUGCCCAGGUUUGAUCCAGACGGAGAGAACAUUCAAGCUGCCAGGGGUGUUUAACGGGCCCUCGCCCACGUUGCACCACAAGUUUACGCACGCGUGACGCUCGUGGUCAAGUCCUUCCCCACCCCCAAAAAUGUUGGGACUCCCAAAAUAUAAAAUGUUUCUCCAUACUUGACGCGCUUGCAAAAUAUGGGGAUUUUUCGUGCAUGUUGAGGGCCUCAAAAAGGCCUCCAAAUGUAUGAAAGAAAGAACACAGCAGUUUCAAUCGGGCCUAAAAUAAAGUCAAAUAAAGCCACUUCAGACUGCCAUCAUCGUUUGUAGCAAUUAGCAUCAACAUCUGAACUUGUGAAACCGAGUUCUUAACGUUUUGUGUUUUGUGGCGAACCAUCACAUCAAUGUUUGGCGCCAUGCCACGCCCACAUCCUAUCAUACGCAAAAUGUGCUUUGCAAUCCCUCAUAAGCCAUCAGUUUAGUCUCUGGUCACCCAAAGUGCAGAAGUGACGGUUUGAUUGGGCCGUUUUUGUCGCUAGGCUCCGCCCACUACGACUAGGGUGGAACAGGAAGUGACCCACUUCAGGGUGUCAUCAUUUCUACCACAGGAUCUGAAUUUGUGGAGCCCAGUUAUUAAAGUUUCCUGUUUUGUGGCGAAUCAUCGGCGCAAUGUUUGGCGCCAUGCCACGCCCACAUCUUGUGUCGUAGGUAAAAUUUGUUCACAAUUUAUGGUCACCUAUAUGUGUAGUAUUUGUCAUUUCAACUGCAACUCAUGUGGUCAAAGUCCCUAGGAGGAGUUGGUUAAAGUACGGCCACUUUUUUUUCAUCAGAUUUUUUCCAGCUGAGUGUUUACACUGCAAGUAAAAUGAAUUUGAUCAGACUCCAGUGUAAACGUGGACAGGCCCCAAUGUGGCCCCAAUGUGGCCUCGACGUCACUUGCAAGUGCAGUUGACCUCGAGGAAGUCGCUACUACUACUACAAAAUAAAAUAAGAGUCGCCACACCUUAAAAAUUAGUGUUUUUAGGUGAAAGUAAAGUAAUAUGAAAGGAUGUAUUUAGUGUAAUAUAUUUGGGAGGGUUGUAAUCUUUUUAUGUCUGUUAAGUAGAGGAGACUUCAGAGUGGAUCUAUGUUAGAUUUAUUUUUCAACUCACAUGUAAACAAAUACACCACAGCAUCAAUUCCGGUCUUUCAACUAUCGCUAUUUCUUCAGAAUGAAAAUAUAUAUUCAUAUAUUACAUAUAGACUAUUAUUUGUGCACUACUGACUAGUCAUGCACUGAAAAUGUGGUCGCCUUAAAUAGAAACCAAAACCAAAUGUGAUGAAAUAUCCACUUCCACUUCCACUGGCAGAUUGUACGAGUGACGUACUUUUCCCAAAGCUGACGUAAAAAGUCACAUUCAGGUCACCUUGCGUUUGGACUUAAGUCACAUUUAAAAGAUCAGAUUCAGGACUACCUCCUGAUGACUACAUUUACACUGCAGGCCAAAGUGUUUUUUUUUCAUCAGAUUUUUUCCAGUUGAGUGUUGACACUGCAAGUAAAAUUAAUUUGAUCAGACUCCAGUGUAAACAUGCACAGGCCCCAAUGUGGCCCCAAUGUGGCCCCAAUGUGGCCUCGACGUCACUUGCAUGCGCAGUUGGCCGGGAGGAAGUCGCUACUACUACUACAAAAUAAAAUAAGAGUCGCCACACCUUAAAAAUGAGUGUUUUUAGGUGAAAGUAAAGUAAUAUAAAGUAUGAAUGGAUGUAUAUAGUGUAAUAUAUUUGGGAGGGUUGUAAUCUUUUUAUGUCUGUUAAGUAGAGGAGACAUCAGAGUGGAUCAAUAUUCUUCAACUCACAUGUAAACAAAUACACCACAGCGUCAAUUGCGGUCUUUCAACUAUCGCUAUUUCUUCAGAAUGAAAAUAUAUAUUCAUAUAUUACAUAUAGACUAUUAUUUGUGCACUAUUGACUAGUCAUGCACCGAAAAUUUGGUCGCGUUAAAACCAAAUGUGAUGAAAUAUACACUUCCACUGGCGACCGUGUCUUUCCGGCGCACACGAGUGACGUAGUUUUCCCAAAGCUGACGUAAAAAGUCACAUUCAGGUCCCAUCGCCAUUUACCGUAUUUUUCUGACUAUAAGUCGCAGUUUCUUUUCCAUAGUUUGGCCGGGGGUGCGACUUAUACUCAGGAGCGACUUAUGUGUGAAAUUGUUAACACAUUACCGUAAAAUAUCAAAUAAUAUUAUUUAGCUCAUUCACGUAAGAGACUAGACCAGGGGUCGGCAACCCAAAAUGUUGAAAGAGCCAUAUUGGACCAAAAAUACAAAAACAAAUCUGUCUAGAGCCGCAAAAAAUUAAAAGCCAUAUUACAUACAGAUAGUGUGUCAUGAGAUAUAAAUUGAAUUAAGAGGACUUAAAGGAAACUAAAUGACCUCAAAUAUACCUACAAAUGAGGCAUAAAGAUGCAAUAUGUACAUAUAGCUAGCCUAAAUAGCAUGUUAGCAUCGAUUAGCUUGCAGUGACCAAAUAUGUCCGAUUAGCACUCCACACAAGUCAAUAACAUCAACAAAACUCACCUUUGUGCAUUCAUGCACAACGUUAAAAGUUUGGUGGACAAAAUGAGACAGAAAAAGAAGUGGCAUAAAACACGUCCUAGAACGUCGGAGAAAGUUAUACAUGUAAACAAACUAAGGUGAGUUCAAGGACCGCCAAAAUUAGUAGGACAAAACGGCGCUCGCCAAAUACUCGAAUCAGUGAAGCUGACAGUGUGCUUUAUAACAAUUAGGGAGGUUUGUGUCAUGUCAGGCUAAUCGCACCACUAGUUAUGCGAAUAUAGUUGUACACGUUGGCUCCAAUGACACUAGAAUGAGACAGUCAGAGAUUACAAAGAGAAACAUAGCCAGGACUUGUGAUCUCGCUAGAAAGAUGUCCAGGCAUCGAGUAAUUGUCUCUGGCCCCCUGCCUGCGAGAGGCAAUGAUGAGAGAUAUAGCAGAUUAGUCUCGCUUAACAAGUGGCUGGCUAGCUUCUGUAGACAACAGGGACUAACGUUUAUUGAUAAUUGGCCCUCUUUCUGGGGCAAACCAGGCUUGCUGAUGAGGGACGGCCUUCACCCUAACCAGGAAGGCGCCAUCAUCCUGUCUAAAAACAUAGACUACUGUUUAAGUCACAUUUGACUAACUACACUAGAGCAAGCCCGGUCACAGGCAAUUACAGAGCCUGCUAGUCCGGGUGAGGAGUCAGUUAAGCUAGAACUAGCCAGCGCCAGGCUGGAUAAUUCCUGUACGCAUAGCAAUUUUCUUAGAAUAACACACAACUCACAUAAUGUGUUUUCUGUUGUGAAUGUGUCAGGGGUAGAUAUGCAUUCUACUGAGGUGGCAAAUCAUGAUGCGUUCAGUCGAUCGCUGCAUCAAGCAAACAAUCUGAAAAUUCCCGUUGUAUCAAUUCCUAGAUAUGGUCGAAACUAUUUAAAGUGCACUACGUAUAAUAAACGCAACAUUAUUAAUAUUUCUACUACGGAUAAUUUAAACAAAAACUCGUCAAAACAGCCCAAUACUUAUAAUCUGGGCUUUUUAAACAUAAGAUCAUUGUCUCCCAAAACGUUAUUAGUUAAUGAGGUCAUUAGAGACAACAAUCUUAACGUCAUUGGUCUUAGCGAAACCUGGCUCAAACCAGACAAAUUUUUUGCGCUAAAUGAGGCAUCUCCUCCUAACUAUACGAAUGCGCAUAUUGCCCGUCCCCUUAAAAGGGGUGGGGGGGUCGCACUAAUAUACAAUGAAAACUUUAACCUUACCCCUAACCUAAAUAAUAAAUACAAAUCGUUUGAGGUGCUUACUAUGAGGUCUGUCGCACCGCUGCCUCUCGAUAUGGCUGUUAUCUACCGCCCCCCAGGGCCCUACUCGGACUUUAUUAAUGAAUUCUCAGAGUUCGUUGCUGAUCUAGUGACGCACGCAGACAAUAUAAUCAUAAUGGGGGACUUUAAUAUCCAUAUGAAUACCCCAUCGGACCCUCAGUGCGUGGCGCUCCAGACUAUAAUUGAUAGCUGUGGUCUUACACAAAUAAUAAAUGAACCUACGCAUCGCAACGGCAAUACGAUAGAUCUAGUGCUGGUCAGGGGUGUCACCACCUCCAAAGUUAUGGUACUCCCGUAUACUAAAGUAAUGUCCGAUCAUUACCUUAUAAAAUUCGAAGUGGUGCACUUUAAGGACCACUUCCCUGCCACCCACACCAGCGGUCAGACGGACGGACACGAAGACCACGGGAGGACUUCCUCGGAGAAGCCUGACCAGUAUGAUGAUGUCAUGGCACCAGUUGGCAGUAAGAGGAACCGUCCACAGUUUCUCAGGGGGCUUGGAGGAUGGAAUGCCUCAGGUGAGAAAACACCUGGUGGGCUUCUUUACCCGUUGUCAGCAAAGAGGACAAACUUUGACCCACUUGGCGCUGUGAUCCGGCGCAGCAUCACGCCGAGGCCAGUGUGUUCCGUAACAGGAUUUCUCCCAAAGGCCGACUUUCCAAAACUCCGCGUGAGAGUUGGGGCUCCGCUUUGUGGAUUUGCACCCCACCCUCCCCCCACCCCCCAGUGGCAGCAGGGCUCCCGGGGGCCCACCGUGCGCUCUGGCUUCUCCGUGCACGGCCGAGCAGAACAAGGACUAGCUGGUGGACGAGUGUUUGUCCAAGUCCACAGGCGGUGA